CUGGUUGGUCCCGGCUGUUCGCACUACUGGUACAACACGGUUACGCGUAAUUCUACGCCGAUUGGGUGGCCAAGACAGCCUGCGGACCACGUGGAACACAUUGAAGUUCCGUACGUCAUCGUCCCGAUCCAUCAAGUGGAAGGGUACAGAAAUUUUCCGAACGACUUACGCGCUUCGCCCUUGGCCUUGCCCACGACGUUGCGGACAGCAGGGAUUGAAAAAGCCGAUGUCUCGCAUUUGGCAGGUGGAUGGACACUGAAAGACGUGCUGAUGGUGAGAGAAGGAAGCGCUAGUACUGGGCCUCAGAAAUGGACCAACAACAGUUGGGACGUUGUCGUCACGAGAGAAGGCAGUUUCUGUAUCUCCGAAUCCCGAUUUUCCGAGCCAAGAGCUCAAGAUCGCAUGCAAUUUUGUUUGCCCAAUGACGUGAUUCCAGUGC